GGAGCAGAGCCGAGCCCGGCCAUGGGGCUGCUCAACUUCACCCGCGAGCCGGUGCCGGAGGCGGUCAGCGCCGACCUGCAGCUACUCAACCAGCUGAGCGCGCAGCAAUUUUCUACACUCGUGGAGGUGCUUUUCCAGUUCUUGGGAGAACCAAAAGAGGUGGAGAGAUUCCUGGCUCACCUGUCCGACUUUGCUGCGGGGAAUAAAAUCAGCCUUGGCCCUUUGAAGAGUAUUGUCAAAAGCCUUCUGCUGGUGCCCAGUGGUGCCUUAAAGAGGAGCUUGUCUGCUGAAGAGGUCCGAGCAGAUCUUAUCACCCUGGGGCUGAGCGAGGAAAAGGCCAGGUAUUUUGAAGAACAGUGGAAGGGGAACUCCCCCGCCCUCUCGCGACUGGCCGUGGGGCAGACGCUGAUGGUUAACCAGUUAAUAGACGUGGAGUGGAAAUUUGGGGUGACAGCCGGAAGCAGUGAGCUGGGAAAGGCAGGAAGCAUUUUCCUGCAGCUGAAACUGGUGGUAAAGAAAGGCAGCCAGACGGAGCCGGUGUACCUGG